GAAUACAUUAAAUAAAUGGCCUUAUUGAACUUGUCGCAUUAAAAAGACAAAUAUUUAUUAUGAAAUUAUUUUUAAGAUGAAUAAUCAUAAAUAUAGCAAAAAAAAAUGAAUAAUAAUUUCAACGCAGCUGUAUUUUUGAAUAUAACUUCAUUAUCAACUUUUACAAUCGGAUGUGACCUAGAAAAUGACAGAUAAAGAUAAACAAACAAAAUUAAGGGUAACAAUGAGGAACACACUUUUGUUGCUCAAGGUCCGGAAAACAUUUACGGUUGAGAAAUUAUCGAGGAAGUACUUAGGCUCAAAGAAUGCAUAAACCGUGAAAAAAAGAAAAGAAAAAGAAAAAGUCGAAUGACGAAUUUACAGGUGAUUCACAGAACAGUCGUUCUGUGAAUCUCGCUUAAGAAAGUUCUUAGUUUCGUCAACGGCAUGUGAAUCUUUUCUACGUUUGCGUCAGAGUACUUUUCAAAUUUUGCAAAGAUUAAGAUGACGUUCAAAGCAUUGAUGAAUUUUGGUUCCUUUGAAAAAACUCCAUACACGCCCGUCGAUCGUUAUCAUAGCGGAUGGGGUUCUUAUCACCAUAGCUCAAACGGUGGUUAUAAAGGACAUAAAGGUGGUGGCAAUGGAGCUGCUUUGAGCGCUUUAACUUUACUUGCCUUUCUCUUCCUUAUAAACGUUAUGCAACAAUCUCUUCAAGACAAUAAUUCUACUGUAACAACAACCACAACAACGUUGUUUUUACGCGACGAUGAACAACCAAUUGUAUUGGACGCGAGAGAAAAGGAAGAUGUUAAUAAGAAGAAGGAUUCGAACGGUUCACCUCCAAGAUCUCAUGAUAUAAGUUACGUCAGAUUGUAAUCCUUCGAAAGUAUUUUUGCAGGAUUAAAAAGGACAUUGUUUCAAGGCAAUAAUGUUGUAUAGAUAAAAUUUUACUGUUGUGCAUCAUGUAACAGAAUAUGUGCUUAAAUAUUUUCUUCCGUUUUUAUUUAUUUCAUCUUUUUCUUUUCUUUCUAUCAGCGACCUUUUCCUCUUUUACAGUUAGAUUCGCAAACUUGCGCAAAAUAUUUAUCGUAAUUUCUAUAACGAUGGGAAUAACGAUGGAAUCUUAGGAAAUUAUUCUAUUUAUAAUUGUAGAGAGACUUUUAGUGUCGAUUACUCUUGAUUCGACAUAAUCUUCGAGAGUUUAAUAGUAAUAGUAAUAAUAGUAGUAAUAAUAGUAGUUGAAAUGAUUUAACCAUACGUCAAAACACAUAAAUAUUUUAUUUUUGUUUUCUUUUCUUUUUUCUUAUUCGAACAUGAGCAUUCGUCGAAUAUGUCUUGUAAUGUAAUUAGCGUUUCGAAAAUGUACUUCCGUCUUAUGUACAUAAUAUUAGAAACAUUGAGAUAUUCUUUUACCUCUUGAUAAUCUAGUGCCUUAAAAAUAAACAUGAACGUAUUCGCGUAUUGCUAAAGGAUCGUUACUGACAGGUCCGAGGAACUGUAUAACAUCAUAUCAUCGAGAAAUCACGUUUUUUGUUCCCUACUUUCGAUUACACCGAUAAGAAAAAGGAUGGAAACGAAUUUUCCUCGAAUGUGCGCCCAUAAACUCGCUCGGGCACUUGUCACGAUCCCGAAAAAUCUUUUAUUUUUCUUUUUUUUAUUUUUUUCUUUACUUUUUUUUUUUAUUUAAAAAUUACCAUGAGCCUAGUAGGUCUUCUUGAGCCUUUCGAAAUAUGGCAGAGUAUCACGCGUUUUUAUUUAUUUUAAUUUUUUAAAUCGAUCGACGACAUAUGUACGUAAGUACGUAUGUAUAUAUGUAGUACGUAUAAACGAAUAAUUUCGUUGAGUAAAAUGAUUGUAUUCAUGUUUAUACGUGUAUGUUUAUGAAAUAUGAAACGAGUCGAAGAAGCAUAAAUUUGAAUAUUUUGCGUCGUACUUCAUUUCGCCCGUCGAUGAGAUCGUUUUUGUUUAUUUAAUAAACAUACUUUCGUUAAUGUCGUUGGAAUGGAGAUACGAGAAGAAUAUAUUUUAAAUAGAGAAUACACAACCAACGAAACAAAUUUAAAUAUAACAUUUAACAAAUUGCCUCCUGACUAUUUCUAAGAAAUAUGCUUGGGAAUACUUUACAUAUGGAAGGGACGAAGUAUGAUAAAUAGAAAAAACAUAUUGCCAUAUAAACCAUCGGUAUUUUCGUUCGAAUAUCAUUCGAAAAACUAUAAUUACAUAACUAUAAAUAUGUUUAGUUUCAUAUACGUACAUACAUACACAUAUGUAUGUAUACGUAGAAAGACCUAUAUAGAAAAACGACGUCUAAUCAUGCUUGUAUAUACGAUAUUCAGAUAUCUGUCGGUCCUCUAUAUUUUUUUUUCUCUUGUAUACAAGAGUCGGUUCGAAGCAUUAUUUUUAAGUUCACUCGACGUUCGAAAUUCACAUUACAACAAAAAAAAAAGAAUAAACGUCGAGAUCGUCCGAAUACUUUCAAAAUAACUAUAUCAUGUUUGCGAGAUUAAUCUUCGAGAGAAUAUUGUGAUCGUUUAGUUUCUCCAAAGUUAAAUUGAAGGAAGAGGAGAGUGAAAGAAAAAUGGAGAUAGAAGAUUGAAGAUUGAAAAAUUUUGAACACACGCGCGGGUAGACUCGAAGAGCUCAAGGUCACCUCAGCUUUCUUACACGUAUUUUUUUAAUAUAGAUACUCUGAAAAUCGUCUUCGUUAUAAAACGAAUAUUAGUAACCAAGAGAAAAAUAGCUAUAUAUACGUAUAUGAAUAUAUACAUAUAUACAUACAUACACAUUUACAUAUAUAUAUAUAUGUAUAUAUAUAUAUGUAUAUAUAUGUAUAUAUGUAUAUAUGUAUGUGUAUAUAUAUGUAUAUAUAUGUAUAUAUAUGUAUAUGUAUAUAUAUAUAUAUAUAUAUAUAUAUAUAUAUAUAUAUUAUAUGAUACACUAAAUUACUGUCGUAAAGAAUCGAUGGCGUCGCCCUUCGAUGAUGCUUUCAUUUCCAUAAACGACCGGUUGUGAACGAUUGCGAAUAUCUUUCUAGUUUUUACUAUUCUCUUUCUUCUUCUUAUUUUUUUUUUUUGGUCUUUUUGCAAUGUACAGAUUUGAAAGGAGAAAAGAACAUUUACAACGAUCGCUUAAUAUGUAUGUAUGUAUGUAUGUAUGUAUUUAUAUUAUUUACGUAUGCAUAUACGUUCGAAAAUGUACGAUUUAGUUUUAUGAAUCGCUUCCUCGUCGCCAUGAUCAUUACAUCCGUGGAGACGGGAAGAGGAAGAGAAGUGUAAGUAGAAAUAACGACUCUGCAAGAACUCGUUUCAAUUCCGGUACGCAGUUACGGCAAUUCGAAGAGAAUCUUCCCUUGUACGCGGAGCGAGUAAUUAUCACACCAGUUUUUUCUCCAGCGUAAAGAUCAGUAUCUAUUAAGUGAUACUCUAAGAAUAAAACGAAUAAAAGUUUGAAAACGAUGGAAAAUUUUCUAUUCUGUUUUUUUCUUUUCUUUUUCUUUUUUUGCAUGUCAUUUCGAAUUGGGUAAAAUGCUAUUAUACUUGUUACGUUAAUUCUACUUCAUUUAAAUUUUUAAUAGCAUCUUACUCAAUCUAAUGAAAAAGUAUGAAAAACAUCGUAAAUUUGAAUAUAAAAGAAAAAAAGAAAUAUAUAUAGUACGAUAAAUAAGUAUGCAUCUUUUUCUUUUUCUUUUUUUUUCAAUAAUUACUCGUUCGGUACAUCACGAAAGGAAAUAGUUUUUGCUGUUUGCGUUUAUGUUUAUUUCUCUUUGCUGCUGUUGUUGUACGUCGUAAAAGUCAGCGAGUCAAUAUUCCACUUUGAACACAAUAAGAGUUACGAGCAAUAUGACACAUGCUCGAUACUUCAAAUGACGUAAACAUUAGAAAUGUAAGAUUCUCAGCGAAAACGAUGAUGAUCGACGAUUAUGAUUACGUCAUCUAUUUUCGUUAAGAACGUAAGACUCGCUUCGAAUCAUCCUCGAGAAACUAUGUUCUCCGAGUAUGCAACAAAAGAAGCUCUAAUCUCGAAAUCUUUCUGACUUAAUUUCAUUCGAUAAAAAAUCAAACGUAUUCAAAGUGUUAUAUCAAAAGAAAUCAAAUGACAAAGCAAUUUUUGAAAAAAAUCAUUUUUAAAUUAGAAUUAAUCCCAAUAUAAAUUUUCUUUUUUAUUGAAAGAAAUCAAGUCAGACAAUACGAUCGUUAACGCAACUUGUUUACAUUUUUUUCGCUAAUCCUCGUGCGUCUAAAUUGUCUCGUUUUUUAUUUUUUUAUAUAUAUAUAUUUUUUUUUUUUUGUAUUUCUGCAGGCAGCAUCGUGGACGUCGAAGUCGAGAGUCUCGCCGUCCCUUCUUCGUACGCCAUUUGAUACGAUUCUUAAGAGGUAGAUGAAUACGUAAUUCCAUUUGACAUUGCGAUAUGCUUCUCCUUUUUCUAUUUUUUUCCCUAAUUCUCAUUCUAAUAACAAAACUCUCCAUUUUGCAAAGAGUCAAGCAUUAGCAUGAUAUUCGCUAACAAAUUAGUACAUAUGUACCUAUUUACAACGGAAAAUAAAAAUAAUCGCAAACAUAAGUAAAUACUUGCUUCUCACUGUUAUGAAAGCCGAAGAAAUUGGAGAACUCAAAAUUACCCAUGUAUUAAAUAAUUGAACAUUUUAUGUAAGUCGGUUUACUCACCAAAUAUUUCUGCAUUUGCUCGUUAAAUGCACAAGCAUCAAAGAUACAGGAGGAAAUGAAGUUACAUUCAAGACGCCAUUUUCUUCGAUUAAAUGAGUAAACAAACGAUGAGGAGAAUGCUAGCUACGCGAUCAUAUUCGUUCAUAUUUCGAGUGCCUAAUUUUUCAACGACCGUAACGAAACCUCCCCUCUUCGCGGUCAGUGUAUACAACAGUCGAUAAAAUAAUUUCUUCGAAAGAUGGAAGGAUUCGUGACGUCGAGGCUCUCGCAUAUUGCCAACGAUCAACUCCCCGAGCACCGAUAAGAAUUUCGACGAUAAGAUGGAGAUAGUGAGAUUUUAAAUGAAAAGCGACGUCCAUCGGAGCGCAAAUUUUGUUUAUACUUUUGUUGGUCGAUUUAUUUCGAUAAGGACAAAUCAUUGCUCGACGUCUGCAUACCGGCUAAUGACCGCUUGUAAAAGAUAGAGAGAUCAAAAUCCGAGAGAGAAAGAGAGAGAGACAGAGAGAGAGAGAUAGAGUGAGAGAGAGAGUGAGAGAGAGAGAGAGAGAGA